AUGAAUAAACACAUUCUUGUUUUAUUAACUGUUAGUUUCGUAGUGGCUGAUGAUAGUCUUCGUAGAUGUGAUUACUUUAAUGACAGGCAUGACGGAGAGGCAAGUGAUUGUUACUGUUUCGAGGAAUGAUAAUAAAAGGUUUUGAAGAUAUUUGUACUAGGUGCUAUCACUGUUUAUUGUAAAACAUAUAACCCUUGAAUUAUAUACGUUUAAUUUGUACCUUGGACGAAAACCUUAAAUUCUUGUCCACGAAAAACCUCUCAUAAUUUUGUGCGUUCUCUAGUUUUUCUCUAAUGCCGACGGCAAUCAGACAAAAAAAGGGAUCAGAUAAAACUAUGAGAAUUUUUUCGUGGGCAAGAAUUUAAGGUUUUCGUCCAAGGUACAAAUUAAACGUAUAUAAUUCAAGGGUUAUAUCAAAUAUAUAUUUUUUUGGAAAAAAUGUCAAAAAAUGUUCACAUAAUACAAAUGUUGGUUGCCUUACAAUUGUUAGUCCUAUUAAUUGUAUUUUUUAAAACCAGUUGUAGAUAGUGUAUUCUGAAGAAGAUACAAAUGAAGCAGGUCAUGUAGUAGGGACUCUAGCUACUUUACAAUGUCAUAACGGUAACUUACGACGAGUCAGAUGUACUGUAAAUGGAUGGAGACCUCUGGAGUUCAUUCCUUGCGAACCAAUUGCAAGAGGUAAUAAACCGUACGAUGACAGUAGGUAUACGCAGUUGUUUGUAUACGAAAAUAACUGAAAAACAUAUUAGAUCAGAUUUUUACGUUAAAUUCCGUUUUUAAAAACUAUUUUUGUUUAAAAUGUUCAUUUUGACUUGAAAAAUUGAAAUUUAAAAUGUAUUAUGUGUUUAGAUGAACAACCGCACAACGUGGUAUCUUCAUCAAGUGGCUGUCCACUGUUAUCGAAUGUUUCCAAUGGAUUUGUCGUAUAUUCUCCAUUGGGGUUGGCUCCAUUUAGACCAGAUACUGAGGCUACAGUACUUUGUCAUCUCGGCUUUGUGCCUUCAGGCAAUUUAGUGGCCAAGUGCCAGCAGAACGGAGAUUGGACGUCUAUAGGUGAAUGCAUAUCUGCUGUUGGUCAGAAGUGUCAGGCUCAAGCUGAAGUAGCGAACGGACAGGUAUGCUUUGUGUGGUGGUAAGAAGUGUGCAAUCUUUCGAUUAUUUUUACAAUUUUUGCAAGAAAUCGUUUUGUAUAUUAUAUUGAGAUUAGUGGUUUUUGUGUAGUGAUGACAUUAUAUUGAGGUAGAAAAAAGUUUAAAGUUUAUAUUUGACCAGGGAUCUUUUUGAAAUAACAUGGACAUCAAAUGUAUACGAUAUGUAAAAUGCAAAAAAAAAUAAAAAUUAUAUAUCUAGAUAUCGUACGUGAGUGAUUCAAAUGGUCCUUUUGGUGUUGGUGCUAUUGCAGAGUUGACAUGCAAUAUUGGGUAUGUUCUGAAUGGUAAUGGUCGUAUAUCAUGUGGUGAAAGUGGAUGGAGUCCUGAGAAGUUGGGAACAUGUCAAGAAGUAAGUAAAAUUUAUUUUGUAAAUGUUAAACUAACCACUGUGUUGGCACUAUUAUUUUUAUGAUAACAAUAAGACGCUUUCACUAACAUUACUAACGUUCAGGACGAUGCUAUGAUUCGAAACAAAAAACAGAUCUCGGUAUGUCAUGGUGUUUAAUUUAAUUAGCUUUGAAGUUCAUAAUGCUACUUUAUUAAUUUUUCUUAUUUUAUGUUCAUCUAACUUUUUACAUCAACAUGUUUAUGUCUACUAUGUAACUAGUCUAAUUUAUUUCAAUUUAGAGUACUGGAUCAGGGACAUGUUUAGAAUUGUCAACUUUGAAUGGGCAGAUCGACUACAUUCAGGCAAAUAAUGUAAAAUAUUCAUCUGGCAGUACGGCUGUUCUCAAUUGUAACCCUGGCUUUACACUAGCUGGCAAUGCCAAUUCAUAUUGUACUGGGUCAACUUGGUCACCCACUUUAGGCAGGUUUAUUUUCGUGGGAAUAUGGAGUGAAAAAAACUAUAUAUAUUAUAAUACACUGUUAAAACAAAUUCUUUCUCAUGUCAGACGUAAUAAGGAUUUAUAUUGUUGUACCUCUUAGGAUAAGAAAGGUUUCAAAUCAAAAUUUAAAAUUUUAGGCCAAUGCACGCCCAAAGUAGGCAUGGAUCCUCAACUAACCGGCUUGGGCACUAUUGGCGCUACUUGUGUAGCCAUGGUAGCUCCGUUAAACUCGAACAUUGUUUACUCGAUGGGUGGUAUGCUGGGUCCCUUCCCGAGUGGUACCACAGCUACAUUAAUCUGUAAUGUUGGAUACACAGCACAGUCAAGUGUGAUAACAUCCACAUGUCAGAGUGGAAUGUGGACGCCGGCUACAUUAGGACCGUGCAUGGCUAGUGGUACUGGGAUGAAUACUCUUGGAGGUAUGACUUCUGGUCUUCAGAACGGACUGACUGGCCUUGGCACUGGACUGGGAACCGGACUGGGGACUGGACUAACUUGUGUGGCCGAGGCCACGCCUUUGAACGGUCAAAUACAGUACAGUUUAACGAAUACGGUGGGAUCGUAUCCCGAAGGUGCUUCGGCUACUUUGAUUUGUCAGUCAGGUAAGGGCUACUACAAUAUUGUUGAUAGGAUAACUACUUAUACUCUCAAUUAUAAUCUUUGAACCUUUGGACUAUUUCUUUCAUUAAUGGUUUUUUGGUUACUGUAACUUUUUUAGGAACUACAAUAAGUGGUGCCAGCACGUCGUACUGUCGUUCCGGACAGUGGUACCCUCCCCUUGGCCAAUGUAUCUUUCAGAAUGGGCUAGCCAAUAAUCUGAUCAAUGGGCUUGGCACCACUUCUUCAGUUUGUCCACUUGGCAUUGCACCACCUUUGAAUGGUCAAGUGUCCUAUUCGAACGGUCAAUCAGUCGGGCCUUUUCCUCAGGGUACUGUAGCUACGUUGCGGUGUAACCAAGGUGUUUCUAUUGGUAUGUGCAAGCUUUAGUAUUUUUAAAAUCUCAAAUUUUGCAUCGUACUAGUUAUUGGUACCUUUUAGGCUCAGCCAGUUCGAGUUGUUCCUACGGCCAAUGGCUGCCGCCAACGUUCCAAGGCUGUGAGAACACUCAGUCCGGGAUCGGAGUUGUAAAUGGACUGGGCGGAAACGAAUGUUUGACCGGUCCAGUAGCCAUGGGAGGCAGUUUACAGUACUCCCAAGGCAGUAAUGUAGGACCUUUUCCGUCUGGUACUACUGCGACCUUAGUCUGUGCGUCUGGUCAACCUCUGUCUGGCUCCAUUACGUCUACUUGUUCUUCUGGAGUCUGGUCUCCUGCCAGUUUGGGGCCCUGUCAAGGGUCUCUUACUGGUACCAUGACUGGUAUGAUGUCUGGUCUGAAUAAUGGACUAAAUAAUGGGCUAAACAAUGGACUGAACACCUUCAAUUCUCAGAUGGGCGGUACACAAUGUGUCAUUGGUCUUGUAGCACCAAUGAACGGUAGAAUCACCUACUCACAAGGUGGUGCAGUUGGUCCUUAUCCUUCUGGUACGAGUGCCACAUUAUCUUGUGACAUUGGGUACACUUCGUACGGUCAGACGACAUCGUACUGUCAGAAUGGGGUCUUUACUCCUACUAGCCUUGGUGCCUGUGUCUCGUCGACAACCGGUGUUGGCAUUAACAAUCUGGGUACCGGUUCCAGUAAGUGAGUAUGUGUGGGAGCUGUGGGUGCUUAAUUGUGUUGUUGUAGGUAGCUGCUACACCCUCCCCAACAGUAACAACGGCAUCGUGUCUUAUACCAACCUCCCCUCCUUCUCUGGUACUUAUCCUGUGGGUACCACUGCCAGUCUUCACUGUCACAUCGGAUUCUACGCCCUGGGAAGCGCGACUUCAACGUGUUUGAGUAACGGAUGGUCGACCUACAGUCUGGGCACUUGCAUGUCUCAAAUCACGACCGGUUAA